AUGACCACAUUAAUAGAAAAUUACUUCGACCCUUCUGAACGUAUCGGUAAAUUCAUCGAUAAUGGCCGUUUAGAGAUAACUAAUAUCCUGGGCAUAGGAGCGUAUGGUGUGGUUUACUCUGCAAGACAUGUCAAUCGACGCGUUUACGCUAUAAAAUGUAUGCCAAAGGUUAAUAUAGAUACUCGGCAACAAAGGUUACAUGCGACUGAGAUUAACCUUCAUGCUCAGGUUUCUGGUCAUCCAAAUAUCAUAAGAUUGGAAAACGUUAUUGAUACUGAUGAUUCUUUGAACGUUGUUCUUGAAUAUUGUCCUGAAGGUGAUCUAUUCUCAAUGAUUACCGAAAAAGGUGGUUACCUUGGAAAUGACAAUCUUAUCAAACAAGUUUUCGUGCAAAUUUUGGAUGCCGUUCAAUUUGCCCAUUAUAAUGGUAUCUAUCAUCGUGAUCUAAAACCUGAAAACAUCCUUGUUUUUGAUUCUGGAAGAACCGUCAAACUUGCCGAUUUUGGUUUGGCUACUACUGAUACCUGGUCAAAAGAUUUCGUACGAGGUUAUGCGACUGCUCCAAAUGAUAUUUGGUCUUUAGGUGUUAUUCUAAUUAAUAUCACUUGUGGUCGUAAUCCAUGGAAACAAGCUUGUCUUCGUGAUGAAACCUUUUCCAUGUAUCUUCAAGACCGUGAUUUUUUAAAGACUAUACUUCCACUUUCGGAUGAAUUAAACGAAAUUUUAAAAGACAUUUUUAAUCCUAAUCCUGAAAAGCGCAUAACGUUAAAAGAGCUCAAAGAACGUGUGUUGGCUUGUGAAAAGUUUACUAUAUCUGAAGAUGAUAUAAAGUCCACUCAAGAAGUUGAGGAGUUUAUUGACAUUUGUGAUAUGCCGAUAUCAACAAUGGAUUUUUCUACUCCUCCGUCUGAAUUUUUAGUAGAUUAUGACCGUUGUUUCUCCUCUUCAACGGGUUCUUCGUCGUCUUUGUCUACAUUGGCAACUAGUCAGCCUGACUUAAUUAAAUGUUUUAAUGAUGAAUUGGGAAUCAGUUUGAAAUGUGGUGACCUUAUAAUGGAAGAUCAUAUCCUUCAGACUGAUUGCAUAUUUUAA